GGCAAGGAGCCUGCUGUACCGCCUGUCCUUGCUGCUCUGCUCGGUCUCCUACGUGCACAGUCAUGGCCGCGUCUCAUCCCGCCAUCGAGAGCCAGCGCCUGGCGCCUGGGCUUCAGCAGUCCUGUGGACUACAAUGACAACGAAGGUUACUGCGGAGGGUUCCAGGCCCAAUGGAUGAAAAAUGGAGGCAAGUGCGGAAUUUGUGGCGAUGCCUGGGAUCAGCCACCACCACGUAAUCACGAAAGGCCUGAUGGGAAAUUUGUUAUAAAAUCGAAAGAUUUCAUACUUAGCCGUUUCCGAGAAGGCGACAGCAUUGCUGUGAAUCUUGAAAUCACGGCUGCACACAGGGGUUACUUUGAGUUCCACCUGUGCAAAGUGGACGACUUACCUGGCCAGGUAGACGCCACCGUGGAGUGUCUGGAGAAGACUGUCCUGAGGCUGGCGGGUACAGGGGAGACGAGAGUUGCGGCCCCCGUGAGUGGCGCCCAGGCCUACGCCUGAACGUCAGCCUCCCAGCAGGUCUGACGUGCGACCACUGCGUGCUGCAAUGGAAGUACCGUGCAGGCAACAACUGGGGCACUGACUCUGAAGGGUCAGGUCUGGGCCACGGACCACAAGAGCAUUUCUUCUCCUGCUCCGACAUUCAGAUCACCCCCAGGGACGGUUUAUUACCACCAACACCGUCACCCACUGCGGCCCCCAC